AUGCGUUCUGCUUUUUAUUCAAAACUCAUUAUGGAAAAGUCAACACCUCUGCAUUUCUACGAUCUUAUUAAGGAUUUUGAGUUUGAUUAUUUAAAUACGUUAUCAGAGAAAGCAUGGAAAGAUCUGGAAAAAGCCUAUACUUGUCAUCUUAAUAUAAGAAAAGUACAAGCUAAUUCUCAUAAAGUUGCAUGUCAUGCUAUAUUUGCUAAUAUGGAGAAAGUUAAAAAAAUAUCAUAUCAUGGACAAAAACUACAACAAAUGAUAAUAAGCUCAAUCUUAAUGAAGGAGGAUGAGGCUAUAGUUAAUGAUAAUGGAAGAAAAAGGAAGUUGAAAAACUAUGAAUCAAUCCGAACUCCAAAAAAUAAUAUAGUGAUCUUGAAUGAUAAUGAAGGCAAUGAACAAAAAGAAUUUGCACUUUCAAUUGAGAUAUCUUCAGAAGAUAUCAAUAAUAUUCUAGAAAAUAUUAAAGCUAAUUAUAAAGAAAAAGAUGAGUUAACUGACAAUGAUGUUGAAAGAAGCCAUGCCCUCUUUGGAGAUAUUAUUACAGAGAAAAUGGUAGAGGAGUAUAUUAAAGAUUUUUGA